CGGGCCAUAACUUAUCCCGCGGAAAGAUGAACCUGGAUAAAGUAACUGUGGAAUCUGCGAAGAAAGACUCGUCAGUGCACUUCUUUCCGUGCGAAAUAAAGUACGAUGGCGAGGCUGAAGUAAGACGCUAUUUCAAUACCUCUAUCAAAACGUACAAAGAAGAAGAUAAGGAAGACACAUAUACAGCUUGCUUUCGAGGUCGCACAUUAAAUGGAAAGGUAGAAAAUGUUCCAAAUGGUUACUUGGGUAUCAUAAUGAAAGAACCAAGGCGUCCAUUUUCAGAAGAGGAGGAGAGAAAUGCCAUCGUUACCCACACGUUUGAUAAAUUCUAUUACUGGAACCUUGACAAAAAACCAUCAGCUGAUGAUAGAUACUCUCAGAUGUUGGACUGGAUUCAUCUGGCAAAAACUUUGCACAGUCCUGUUGAAAGUACAGACAGUCAAACAAGCAAUGUCAGUAUUUGACUGGAAAUUAAAGUUUUUUUGUUAUAAAAGAUUA